UCGAGCGAUCAUGGCGACAACGCUGCCGGAGAAGGAAUCGGCGCAAGAGGCCCGAGAGCGGGAGGCCAAGGCUCUGGAGGAUCGCAAGGAGCGGAAGAUCUACGAGAACUUUGCCACACCCCUGGCAGGCACCUUCCUCAACCUGCCACGCGACCCCGUAGAGAUCAAGUGUCCCGCCUGCGGAAUCAAGGACCUGAGUGUGGUGCAGAAUGAUCUCAAGUGGUGGGCCAGUGAGCUAAACCGCAUUGUGGGCUGCCUUUUCGUGAGCUUUUGUUGCUGCUGCUGCUUCAAUUACUACGUCCCCUGCAAGCAAACCGAUCGGAGUCAUUACUGCGGCAACUGUGGCCGCUACUUCGGGCGCUCCAUGAAGAGGAGGGAACCACUCAAAGUAAAGGCGACCAUCGCCUAGUCAGCACAGUUCGCGCAUUUUUCGAAAUGUUUCUGAACACCCGAAUACCACCCCACUGCAAAACCAUUAAGCCAAAAUAAAACCGAAAGAUCACAUGCCA